AUGAAAGACGUUUCUGCCCCUGAGUUGUCGUCAAAGAUUAUCCAACCUUUCAUCGAUGAUGAGCAACAAUGUCUACAGCCUGAAGAUGAAGAUGAUGAGCUUCUGCUUCAGCCAUCUUCCCACAUAACUUCUAUUCAGACAGAAAAGGAUGAAGAAAGUGAAGGAGAGCUCAUUCCAGCAAAAGAGGAGAAUGAAGAAAGCUCUUCCGAGAUGAGCAAGCAGAUAUCGCAGACCAUAAACUUCAACCUGCAUGCUUUUUGCCGACCCACCCUCAAUCUCAAUCCAAGCAAGUAA